AUGUCUGUGGAAACUGCAUUAAGUAUGGAGCGGAGUGCCCAGGGACCUGCCAAAGGGCUCUGCAACUCAGCCUGGUUCAUCGUCAAAUUCACCGCCGAGGUCGACGAGUACAACCAGAUCCCAGGGUCACUGCAUGGAUCACCCGUCCCCUUCAUCCACAAUAUAAUCGGCGAGCUCUUCAACAUCUACUCGCGCGAGGAGAUGACCUUCAGCGCCCCUUGGUUCUCCUCACUCAUCAACUAUCUCGGCAGAUCGCAGCCUCUCGACAUGGCUAUGUCCGCAUACCUGCUCCAGAUGGUUGGCAAGGCGAAGGGGGACCAAGCCCAGGUCAGCAGGAGCCGUGAUGUCUACGGCCGGUCGCUGGUCGGCCUCCAGCACGCCCUCAACCACCCUGUCGCUUGGAAGUCAGCCGAGACGCUGGCCGCGACAAUGCUGUGCUGCCUGUUCGAGCUGUUCGCGGGCACCACGAACCCUCUCAGCUGGAUGAUGCAUGCUGCCGGCGUGUCCAAGCUCGUUCAAGCACGCGGAUCCAGCUCCUUCUCCACACGGUUCGAGAGGGCUUCGCUGAGUUGUUUCCGGCCCCUGAUGAUCAUGCAGAGUCUCUUUUCUGGCCAGGACUGCUUCCUCGCCCAGCCAAAGUGGCAGAACCUCUCGUCACGGCUGUCUGAACCCCUCGUGGACGAAGAGGGGAAUGGGGCUCAGGAGGCUUUGGAGCUUACACGUAUCCCAACCCCGCCCUGGGUGAGACAUCAAGAUGGGUACUUUACCUUGCUGGCCAAGAUGCCACUGGUUCUGAGCUGGGGUUACAGCAUUCGCGAAGAGAGGCGUCACGGUAUCACGCCCGAUCCCAGCCGAGUCAAACUGCUUGCGGAGCAGGCAGGCUCGUUACGCUCUGAAUGCUGUGCCUGGCACGAGAUGGCGAUAUCUGGGGGCGCAAUCGCACAGCCCGUCGAGGUACCCUCCGCGGACUCGACCUCCCCGUUCAGCACCGUCCUCGAGUUCUCAAAUCCUUGGGUUGGGUCAGUAGAAACCAGCUACUGGGCGACGAUGCUGAUCCUUCAGGAGGCGUUGAACCAGUGUUACGAAGACGGCCAAGAAGGUCGGUAUGACGAGCAGAACCAAGAGCUUGCGCGAAACAUCCUUCGGGCUACCGAGUCUGUUGGGAGGGGCAUCAUGGGCCCAUACAGGAUCUCGUACGCCCUCCGCAUCGCGUACGACUUCGUCGGCCUACCGCUCAAGAUGUGGGUUCUCUCGGCCGCGGCGAGGUACAGCCAACAGUAUGCUGCGAUGUCUACCGAGACUUAUCCGAGGCCUAAUGCAAAUAUUGGCGUUCAUUCCUUUAUGGUGGAAGACUAUGGCGAUGUCUCUGCUGUGGCCUGGAAGGCCACUGCUGUUGACUCUGAAGGGUACCAGAAUGUUGUCCAACACUGA